AUGACGGCUUCUGGGCGUAAAGCCUUUUAUCAGUGGUACGAGCAACAGAAAGGCAAACUGUUUGAUUUUCAAAAGGAAUUUUUAGAUUACUGUAUUUCUGAUGUCGACAUUUUACAGCGUUGUUGUGCUCAAUUCAGAAACACCAUUCAAAAUCUGGUUCAAGUGAAUCCCUUUCAAGAAGCCAUUACUUUUGCUAGUACUGCCAAUUUAGCCUACCGGAGAGGAUUCAUGCCCGAAGACAGCAUUGCUAUUGUUCCUAAUCUCGGAUAUGAUCCCUCACGACAAUUUUCAAUGAAAGGGUGUCGAUGGCUAGCUUGGAUGAGUCGCGACGGGCGAGUCAUUCGACAUGCUAAAAAUGGGGGAGAAAUGCAGAUAGGACCCUAUACCGUGGACGGAUACGACGAAGAGACUCAUACCGUUUACGAAUUCUACGGAUGUUAUUGGCACGGGUGUCCUACCUGUCAUCCCGAACUAGAAACUCAAACUCACCCUCAUCGAUCCGAUUGUACCUAUGGUGCUUUGUAUCAACAGACUUUAAUACGAGAACAUCAAUUAAGAGAACAGGGGUAUGAAGUAGUCACAAUCUGGGAACAUGACUUUGAUCAGGAAAUAAAAAACAAUCCCAAUUUAGAACACUUUUUACAAACUCUCAAUUUCCAAGAUCCUUUGAAUCCACGCCAAGCUCUGUACGGGGGGCGGACCAAUGCCACUCGAUUGUUUUGUAACGAGGGAGAUAUGAGAUAUGUGGAUGUGUGCUCCCUUUACCCUUACGUUCUCAAGUACAAACCUUUUCCCAUGGGGCACCCAGAAAUCAUCACAGACCAUUUCCAGGAUGUUCGUAGUUAUUUUGGAUUAGUGCAGUGCCGGAUCUUGCCUCCAAGAGGCCUGUAUCAUCCCGUUUUACCCUAUCGCACUGGAGGAAAAUUAUUGUUUCCCUUAUGCCGCACCUGUGCCGAAGAACGUCCACAGGAUCCCCACUACCGAUGUCAACACACCGAUUCUGAACGUUUCUUGAUUGGAACUUGGGUGACUAGCGAACUUCAGAAAGCCCUGGAAUGCGGAUACCAAAUCCAGCACAUUUACGAAGUGUGGCAUUUUCCUCAGAGCAGUUGUAAUCUAUUUCGCGGUUACAUUGAUACUUUCUUGAAAAUCAAGCAAGAGGCUUCGGGAUAUCCUCCCGAUUGUCAGACCGAGGAAGAACAAAGGGCUUACAUGAACGAUAUUUUUAGACGAGAAAAAUUGGUACUGAAUCCUUUAGAAAUCGAGAAAAAUCCCGUGAAGCGUACUAUUGCCAAGUUAUUCUUAAAUUGUUUAUGGGGUAAAUUUGCUCAACGCUUGCAAUUGCCUAAAAUUCAAUAUUUGACUGAACAGGAAGAACUGAAUCAAAUGUUACAAGACACUACCCUCGAAGUAAAAGGGUUAGAACUUUUGAAUAAUACUGAAAAACCUGAAUCGGAUAUGAUCUUGAUUAAUUACUUGCAAAAACAAGAUUUCAUUGAAGACUGUCCUUUUGGCAACGUGAUCUUAGCUGCUUUUACCACGGCUCAUGCUCGAUUACAUCUCUACGAGACCUUAGAAAAAUUAGGAGAUCGUGUUCUAUAUUUCGAUACAGACAGCAUCAUCUAUCAACACGUGGAGGGACUGUUUAAUCCCACUAUCGUGAAUAGUUUAGGAGGAUGGACGGAUGAACUGGAUGGAGGACACAUUGUUAAAUUCAUGUCUGGAGGACCUAAGAACUAUGCCUUUGAAACAAAUACUGGACAAACGGUACAAAAAGUCAAAGGCAUUACUCUUAAUUAUAGAGCUUCUCAGAUUGUUACCAUGGAUUCCCUUGAAAAAAUGAUCUUUAAACAGUUAGAUGACGUGACGGUCAAAUACCCUCACAAGAUACGGCGAAGUAAGAAACACCAAUUGUUUACUCGUCCUCUCUCCAAGAACUAUAAAAUUGUCUACGAUAAGCGGCAAAUGAUUGAUCAUUUUAAGACACUUCCAUUUGGUUAUUAA